UGGAAGCUGUCUGAAAAGUUGUCAGAGAAUACUUUUUUUUUUUUUUUUUUGGAUACAGUCCCAUACCGAUUUGAUCCAUUCCGCGGCCCCCGGCGGUGCUGGUGGAGCGCACAGCUGGAGGCGCAUUGUCUGUAUGCAAACUGGACGACAUGGCCAUUGUAUGCGUUUGGGCAUAUAUGGAGGCACUGAUGACGCCAAGGAUACAACCCGUCUGAAGUCUCAGGAAGAGUCUCCCUCGCCUGUGUUGGACGCGUUUCUCUCAUCCGAGUUCCUUCUUGUGUCGUCUGUCGCUAUGAGUUGCCUGGAUGUGAUGUACCACCAAAGCUAUGGCGCACACUACCUCCCUGCAACGGCGUACAAACCGACGUACUAUAACCACCAGCAACAACAGAGGAAGCUGAGUGUUUACAGUAAGAUGCAGGAGUGUAUGGAGCAACAGCCCGGAGGAGGAAGAGGGAUGCUGCACCGGGACCAGGGCCUUCGUCAGGGUCUCGGAACAGAGUCGGUCCACAGACCCACAUCCGAUUCAGACCAGAAGGACAUUACUCAACCGGAAGACGCAGAAUACUUUGGCUCCCAGUGUGUUGUGUUCUACUACUUUAAAGGCAAAAGUAACGAUGUGGUGGAUGAACACUUUUCCCGGGCUCUCAGUCAGUCCAGCAGCUUCAACAGUGAGACUAAGCCAAUCAGAGUGACCCAGUCGCCUGCAACAACCGCUUCAGGAGUGUGGAAAGAUGGCGUGCCACUUUCUGAGGGUCAGAGCAGCUCAUCUUGGAACACCGCUUGUACAUCCCAGGCAGUCCCAGUCCACCCUGACUUCUCCACCAGCCCCGUCCCCUUCAACCACCCAGACGGAGCUCUAUGGGCCGGUCAUGUGUUCUCCCAGCCCCCGACUACCCUCCCGGAGAGUUGGCCCUACAGCUUGAACCCCCAGAGCCCGACUAGCUACCCGAAUGUCCACGACGUUUACCAUACCCAUACCCAUCCCCACAUCCACACGCGGCAUCACCACCACCACCACCACCCCAUGCUUCACUCAUACCCAGCCCACACCUCCACAUUAGACCCCAGGUUCAGUCCCUUGCUGCUUCCUGGGGUUAGGAACCAGAACCAGCCCUCUGCAAGCACAAGCAGCGACAACUCUCCACACAAUGAGCGGGUGAAGACAGAGAUGGACCCCAGCAGCUCAACUACCUCUGUCUCCUGGACCCCCUCCGGCCUCCACGGAGCCUUGGAGGUGUACGACUCAGCUCUCGAUCAAACCAAAGCUAAGACGUCAGGUUGGUUCUGACUGACGUAUCGACCUGCAGCACAAUUUCAUUCACACCAAAAAGGACCUACUAUAUGGGGCUUUGUGGCUUCGAAACACCAGCACUGUAAUGUACAAUGUUAGAUUUAGAACGCUUAUUGUCGCUUUGACUCUUGAGUCUUGCACUGUCUGUGACACUUAAUAUAGAGAUGAACUCAGGCUUGGAUGUAAAGCUUUGGCCGAAGCCGAUGAAGAAACUAAGAGACUAAGAAGACACUAAGAACCUACUAACUUUAAAGAUGAGCGGCCUUUGCAAAAACAUUUCCUCUUCAUGCAAUGUGAGACAAAGUGGUUCUGUUUCAAGAGCUUCAUUUUGUUUUGUAUAAUACAUGUCUGUUGAUGACUGUAAAUGUUUUUUUGUGUACAGUUUUGCUAUGCUAAGUUGGUUUGCUGGAUUAUAUUUGCUUAAAUUGUCGCCUGAAUGCUAUCUUUCUGAACUUGCCCUCGGGGAAUGUGUAGUGUAAAUAUUGUUACAGUAUGUUUAAGUAAUAAAUUGUACACUGACUUUGA